AUGUCUUCGAAUAACGCCUCCCUCGAGGCAGCGGCAACGGAACGCAAAGCCAGACUUGCCAAACUCGCAGCUCUCAAAAGAAAGCAACCCGAACCCGAACCCCUGACCGAGGUCUUUGCAGAAAAAGACCAACAAGAAUUGCAGGAAGCAAGCGGCGACAAUAUAACUAAGACAUACCUCUCCGGACGAAAUUACGACGCCGAAACCCGCGGCCCAAAACUCGGCUUUGAGCAAGCACCCAUCGAAGGACAAAUCACACUCGAACAACAAGCAUCAGAGAUCGCAAGGAUAGCAGCCGAACAAACGAAGCGCGAAGAAGAAGAGGCCGCAGAGCAACCUAUAGAUUUAUUCAAGCUACAGCCUAAAAAACCAAAUUGGGAUUUGAGACGGCACCUCGAUGAAAAGAUGAGGGUCUUGAAUGUGAGGACGGAAAAUGCGAUUGCGAGAUUGGUGAGGCAGAGAAUUGAGAAUGCGCAGAGGGAAGAGAAGGCUAAAAAGGGGCGAAGUAAUGGGGAGGAUCAGGGUGAAGAGGUUGGAAUUGAGGGCGAAGCAUUGGUUGAAGGUAUUCAUGUCCGCGAACAGGAGGCGGCUGAUGAUCGAGAGGACGAGGACUUGGUGUGA